CUUGAAGCCUUGGAAUUCAGUGUUUGAAGUGCCAAUUGAAGAUAUAUUUGCAUUUCAAUGGAUCUCUAAGCUAGGGUUUGGUGAAGAUGGUGAGUAGAAAGGUGGAUCUGCGGUCCGACACUGUGACGAAACCGACCGAAGCAAUGCGAGCUGCAAUGGCAAUGGCCGAGGUCGACGAUGAUGUCUUAGGCUAUGACCCCAUAGCCCUGCAGUUGGAAGAAGAGAUGGCAAAGAUGACUGGGAAAGAAGCAGCUUUGUUUGUUCCAUCAGGCACCAUGGGAAAUCUCAUCAGUGUUCUUGUUCAUUGUGAGAUUAGAGGAAGUGAAGUCAUUUUAGGACACAAUUCCCAUAUCCAUAUAUUGGAAAAUGGAGGCAUUGCCACCAUUGGAGGAGUUCAUCCAAGAACGGUCAAGAAUAAUGCUGAUGGAACAAUGGACAUCGAUUUGAUUGAAGCUGCCAUUAGAAAUCCAAAGGGCGAGCUCUUCUUCCCAACGACAAGGCUCGUUUGUUUAGAGAAUUCACAUGCAAAUUCUGGAGGAAAAUGUCUUUCGGUAGAAUAUACUGAUGAAGUUGGAGAGUUAGCUAAGAAGCAUGGUCUGAAACUUCACAUUGAUGGUGCUCGCAUUUUCAAUGCCUCAAUUGCACUUGGCGUUUCCGUGGAUCGAUUAGUACAAGCUGCUGACUCAGUAUCAGUAUGCCUAUCAAAAGGUUUGGGUGCACCGGUUGGAUCGGUUAUUGUUGGUUCCAAAAGCUUUAUUGCAAAGGCUAAAAGGGUUAGGAAAACUUUGGGUGGUGGGAUGAGGCAGAUUGGCAUCCUUUGCUCUGCCGCACUUGUAGCAAUAAAAGAGAAUCUUCCAAAACUUGAAGAUGAUCAUCACAAAGCCAAACUACUUGCUAGUGGAUUGUCUGAAAUCAAUGGAUUAAAAGUGGAUCCGAAAUCAGUUGAGACAAAUAUUAUAUUCUUUGAGUUAGAAGACGUUGACUACAAAAUCUCAGUGGAAACAUUGUGUAAAAGUUUGGAAGAACGAGGCAUUUUUAUGAUGCAAGAAAGCUCAACAAGGGCUAGAAUUGUUAUCCAUCAUCAGAUAUCAAUAAGUGAUGUUCAUUAUACUCUAUCUUGCUUCCAGCAAACACUGAGUGGAAUACAAGUUGGAAAUGGCAAUUAGUCACAAUUCUCUCUAAUAAAAAUAAUGAAACUCUCUCCCCCUAAUAAACAGAGUGGAAUUUAUCCAGAGUGUUGUUUCAUAAUAUAAUCUUCAUGUGCUCAUGCAUACGCUAGUGUGUGUAUAUAUAUAUGACAAAAAAGAUAUUUUCUUUGUUAUAGCAUAUUUCUAAUUCCUAUA